GGAAGCGGAUUUCUGGGUAAGCGCAUCUGUCAAACUGCCGUUGAGAGGGGACUCAGUGUGGUCUCUGUGACUUCUUCUGGCUCGCGACCACGCCAAUUGCUACCAGCCGAAAAGUGGCCAGAUAAAGUUGAGUGGGUCAAGGGCGACAUUUUCAAGCCCCACACGUACAAGGAUCUGCUGUCUGAUGCCAAUGCAGUUGUCCAUUCCAUAGGAAUACUUUUGGAAAACCCAAAUUACAAGAAAGUGGUGCAAUCAAAUGACGACAUCCUCGGAGAAAUCUUGUCAUUCUUCAAAACAGCAAAUCCAAUGAAAAAGUCGGUCUUCAACACUUAUGACAAGGUGAAUCAUGAGAGUGCAAUUGUGCUUGCAGAGACUCUGCUAGAGGUCAACAAGUCCAAGCCUGCUUUCGCGUACGUUUCAGCAGAUCGUGGAUUUCCUGGCGUGCCGUCCGGCUACAUUGAGUCAAAACGGAAAACGGAAUAUGAGCUCUACCAGAUGCAACCCGCACUUAGACCAAUCUUGCUGCGCCCCGGGUUCAUGUAUGACGAACAAGCAAGUGGCGAUAGCCGCACCAAACUUAAAGAUCUGCUUCUUGCUGCGGAGCGCGCAAACGAGACUGUCCUCGGCCAUGUUUUAGACGGGGUGAUAAGACCGCCUGUCAGUACCCAGACAGUGGCCAAAUGGUGCCUUGACCGCAUACAGGACCCUGAAUUCCGCGGCCCUGUUCUUCUGGAUGAAAUGAGCCGCCAGUCUGGUGCACGGGUGUGAUAAAAAAAAGGAUAUGUCAACUGUUUUCAGAUGAUAUGUAGUCUUUACGUGAGAAAUGACCGAUGGCGAGCCCAUUUAUUCGAUUCGUCCGUCUUACUCCGCUUCGGAUCCGGAGCAGGAGCAUCUUCUGUCUGAUACACGCGGGUCUGUGAUUUCCUUGCCGUCUCCGAGCGGAGGUUUCAUCGUUACUCCCAAAAGGCAAUUGAGCAGGAGACCUAAGUCGUUCUCGGCCGCCUCCGAAGAAACAAUAAUGCCAUUUCCAGCCAUGAGCAUCAACAAUCCACUGAGUCACGACCGCCGACUGAGCUCUUUGCUGAAUCUCGACCAAUUAUACGAAAGACUGGACGCAAUGCGUCAUAUGCGCUCUAUUAAACUGAUUGGAGCGGUACCCGAACCGAUCCAAUGGCUAAAUUACUACAAACACAAGGAUGAACUGAAGAAAUUGAAGAACAAGCAAACCGUGAAGUUCUACUCAGCGCAAAACGAAAUGAUCGAACGGUACACCGCUGUCGACAAGUUGUUGGAAUCAGGGAUUCAUAUCUCGAUGCUGGACGGCUACAAUACGAGCAACGCAGAGGACGGCUUACAGUUUACGAAUCCACCGGCAAAUAUAGACCUGGAAGGCGGCAGAAUGAUAGGUUUCGACAGCGAAGAGAAUGUUGCAAUUAUCGAUUUAGCAAUAAAAGUGAAUUUUGCCAUUAACGUUGUUCUGCUUGUUUCCAAGGUUGUGGUUGUGUAUUUCACGAAGUCUGUUUCGAUCAUUGCUUCUCUGGUCGACUCGGCACUGGAUUUUCUGUCCACGCUUGUCAUAUUUUUCUCAAAUAAGUACGCCUCUUCUCAAUCUGCACGGUUUCCUAUUGGGAGGAAACGGCUCGAACCAUUAGGAGUGCUUGUGCUGUCUGUGAUCAUCAUUAUCUCGUUUGUGCAGGUUCUACAGGAGGCUGUGAACCGGCUUAUUUGGGGCCAUCACGAGAUUGUGAAACUGAAUGCCAUGUCUAUCGAAAUAAUGGCUCUAACAAUUACAGCGAAAAUCAUUUGCUUUUGCUGGUGCCGAAACAUAUCCAACUCGUCUGUUCAGGCCCUUGCGGAAGAUUCCCGAACAGAUGUGGUUUUCAACUUUUUUUCUAUAUUAUUCCCGUUUCUUGGAGUUGUGGUUGGAGCGUGGUGGGCUGACUCACUCGGUGCACUUUUGCUGUCUCUGUACGUGAUUAUCCAAUGGUGUUUGAUAGCUUUGGAACACAUCAAUAACCUCACGGGAGCAAACGCAUCAAAAGAGGACUAUCAAGAAAUUCUGUAUCUGGUUACCCGAUUUAGCGAAAACAUUACCAAAGUUAGAGAGUAUCGAGCAUACCACGUCGGGGAUCUGGUCAAUGUCGAAGUUGACAUCGUAAUUGGUAAUACCUCGCUAACAAUGCGCGACUGUCAUGACCUGGCUGAGUCGCUACAAUAUGCGAUCGAGACACUACCGGUUGUGGAACGCGCUUUUGUGCAUAUCGAUUACCGUGUGAGAAAUUUCAAAGGCCAUUUGAACUGAAAACAAAAAAAUAUUUCUAGAAUAAUGCAAUUGACGCGUAUGCGUCAAUUGUUCUGUUUAUCCAAAGCUUGGCAAAAAAACAGAAAGAGGGCGAAGCGAUGUACAAGCGAAGUGGCUUAAAACACGUCGGUUAUCGGCUUUAGUAGUCAACACCAGAACUGUUGUGGUUUUGUAUGACUACGUUGAGAAGUUAGUAACCACAUUGUAUCUUGUAAAGUUAAGAUCGGGGAGAUCGACGAUCCUUAUGUUUAGGGGUGCCCGUUUUAAUUGAAGC